UACCUGAACGUGCACGCACUUUCAUUCCAUUCCGUGCGCACAGCUAUUACAGGUCGAACCAUUUUGACAUCAAGAGCCAUUGCUUUGGACAUCACAUCUGUGCUACGAUGAGGCGGAAGCCAUCGUUCCAAAAGCCACUAGGGAGCACCUUGCGGGAGAGGGUGAAACGCAUUUCUGCGGCUGCGCAGUUCAUCCAUACGACCAGGGCUCCCAGCGUUUCCUCGCUGGACGAGAUUCGGGACUACGCUGCGAAACAGGACAGCAUCGUACAACGACCCGUACUGGGAGCGGAGGGCGCAACCCAACUGGAAGUGACAUUAACUGGCACAUGUUUCCUACUCACUGGGGUCUUCUUCACCCUAUCACUCAUCACGGCCUACUUUUUCAUUGCCCAUGAGCAAGUUCGUCGCUGGCUCCGGCAAACAAAAGAGUAUGAACCAUGUCCAACAGAUUACUGCGCCAAUCUCGCUCAAGAACUGUCCUCUGCUGUGGAGACAGAUGAUGACCUUUGUGGCAAUUUCUACCACUCCAUGUGCGACAACAUCUGCGCGAAAAAUCUAAUGCGACCUCAAGAUGGCACUUGGAGCGUCCAGGGCAGCGUGUACACAGAAAGGCUCCACAAGCUAAUGCAUUUCCUGGAUUCCACGGUAGCAAUAGAUCAUCCUGUCAGCAACACCCUGUCCGCCAUGUACAUCUCAUGCAAAAAUGGUGGAGGACCAGAGACAGAAGCAGUUACAGAGCUCUUGUCUGUUCUACGAACCCUCGAGAUCAGCGAUUGGCCAUUGAAGUCCACCAGGAGCGUAGAUGCAAGCAAAGUCAUAGCCCAAGCCACGCGGCACUACAACCUGCCCAUGGUUAUCACGCUCAGUACCAGGGACGACAUCUUUGACGCCAGCAAGCCUUGUAUCUACGUAGAAAAUCCGAGGCUCUUGCUACGGUGGUCAGUCCAGCUUCAUCCGGAAUGGUACCCCCUGGCGAGAGACAGUUAUCACACUUAUAUCGUCCAGGUUACAACAUACAUUCUCGGCUUGUUCAACAGGACUUCUAGAGAGGAUGACAUUGCCGAAUUCGCCAGCCAGAUUGCAGAGUUCGAAGGAACUCUUGCAAAACAGUUGGCACCGGGGGACGAGGUUGCGGCAUUCCUGAUACAUUUCCACCGUUACACCCUUACCGACUUGCUUCAGAUGAACGACAUGUUUAUUUUCCAGGACCAGUGGAUGGCAGCUUUUGCCUUGGCGUACAGGUGGAACGAGACCGUUAAUUUUGCCGAAAAGAUUCCAACGUUUAUUGACAACGUGCGCUACCUUCAGUUUCUGAACGGCGUAAUGUUAAAAUUCCCGGUCAAGGUGGUCAACUACAUCGGGUGGCGCAUAUUGGAAUACUUUGCGUGGACGCUUUCGAAGCCGGCCUUCAGCUUCCGGCAGGAGUUCCAACGCAAGAGCGUCGGUGCUACAGAACCAGAGGACCGCAGUGUGCACUGCAUGAGACACGUCAUUACUGUCAUGCCGUUCACGGCAAGCCGGCUGUACCGCUUCUCCGUCGCGGAACCCAACACUCCCGCGUUGCGCCAAGUAUCGCACAUGGUAACUUCUAUAAACUUGGCUCUAACUGUGCUCUUACAGGAAGCGCCUUGGAUCGAUAAAAUAACCACCAACAUCGCCACUUCCAAGGUCGCCCAAAUAUCUAUGAGCUUUGGCGCUGGAAGGGUACCACAGGAAGAGGAUAUAGACGAUCGCUACACGGUCCAAGUUCCAACGUACACGAGGAGGCUUUUGGACGUUGUAAAACAGCAAGCAAUCGCGCAAAUGAAUAAGCUGGUCUUACCUAAUGCUGUGCUCUUUAGGGACGUCGACCACAUGGGAUUCCAGCCGCUGUACCGCCCAUAUCACAAUGUGCUGCAUUUGCCAGUAGGUUUGACGGAAUAUCCCUUCUUCUCUCCCAAACACCCAGCUAGCGUUAAUUUUGCGCACACGGGGUUCUUGAUUGCUGAAGAGCUCAUGAAAGCGAUUGUUGGACCCGGUCGCCUUUAUUUGAACAUGACCUUUACAGACGACUGGUGGACCGAAUACACUCGAAAUAAUUACAAACCUACAAUGCUAUGUUUCCGUCACAUUCACAAGAAUCUCAACCUCGAUGAACGCGAGACGAACCUGUUGGUUCGACGAAACGGCGCUUUUCAUCUUGCAUAUAAGGCAUUCAAGGUGUUCUUGGGCCAACAGGCUGAAAUGGUUCAGUACAGCCAGCUGCCUCGAUUGGACUACACCCAAUCACAAUUGUUCUUUUUUUUCUUCGUGCGGAAUAUGUGCGUAAGCGUCCGCAAGGGGUACCUGCGGGCAUCUGUCCAGUCCGGAUCGGGCACGGCGCUUGACGACCCGGCCAAUGUGAAUAUGCUGCUGAGUCACUUCGAGCAGUUCCGGAGGUCCUUCAACUGCCCCAGCCUCUAUUCUUGCACCUUCUGGAGGCUCGAAGAUAGCGAUUGGUUUAAUUUGACCUAGACCUUUUUGGUAUAAAAUAUGCACCACAAAUAGUAGUUGAUUGCUAUCUGUUGCUUAAUUGUCUCGUAGUUUGUCAAUAAAAGUGCAAACGAAAUCCAGCUUCAA